AUGUCUAGAAAUGCAAUUUGUCUACCGCAAUGUCCUUCUGACAUAGCGCCGCCGCCGUCGCCGCCUUUCACGAGAGCGCAUAAUGAAAAAUUAGAUGAGGUUUUAGGGCAUACAAGAGUAAGAACUUGUAAUAAUGGAAAUUAUUUUGGUGCUGAAAUGAAAUUAACAUGCACCGAAUUAAAGUCUGACACUCUGGACAUCCAAUGUCAAAGAGGAUUUCGCUCGGUGCCCUGCACCAGCCGUAUGCAGCCCGGGACCAGGGCAAACUUGGCGUGCAAACCAGGAUUCCAGUUGCACAAAGAACCAGAGUUCUCGCAAAUUAAUUGCGGAAAUGAUGGGAUUUGGGAUAAUUGUCUGUUUUCUUGCGAACCAGAAUGUGGUAAUCCAACACCGAUUGAAACUGUUUUUAAUUCGGACCCACCUGUAACAUACUUAGCAGGUCAAUAUCCAUGGUAUGCAAUGUUGUUCACCCGAAGGGAAGAUUUAUUCAAAGGACAAUUUCUAUUCAGUUCUGCUUAUUGCGCUCAUAAAGAUAUUUAUGCUCAGCAUUACGAAAUAGAAAAAGUCAUCGUUCCUAAAGGAUUUGAUAUUAAAAAAGAAGGCAAUCCAAAUAAUAUAGCAAUUAUUCUAGUUAAAGGAAAGUUCACCUUCAGUGAUAUAAUUAAGCCGAUUUGUUUAGAAAGACAUUUUAAUGGACCCAUAGAAGAGCCAGAAGGAGAAAUAGGAUACGUACCAGGAUAUAGUACUGAUAGACAAACUCUUGAUACUGUACGAUUUGUGUAUAAUGUAUCAUUGGCAUAUAUUUCCAAUACAAGUUGCAGAAAUUUUGAAUAUCCCUUUAAAAGAUUUUAUCAAUCUUAUGAUAAAUUCUGUGCAGGAAACCUAAGUUUUGGAUAUGAAAUACCAUUUGGAUUUUUGGGUGGUGGAUAUUUUGUUCCUGACUACAAGUCGUUUGAACCCGUGUACUUUUUAAAAGGAGUCGCUUCCGCCUAUGGUAGAUCCGUCAACUUUUUGGCAUAA